AUGACUAAGUUGGAAAGAAUGUACCAGAUGAACGUCGUGCUGUAUUUCCCAACGUACAGCGACGUCUCAACAUUUGUUCGAAUAAACAAAAAGUCGCUAGAUGCAGUAAAGAGUCUAAAGAUCAACCCUUGGUUUUCGUCACCAUAUUCUAUCAUGAAGUUCCACACCCACUUUACUCCAGAGACGAUGAACUGUUGCUCUUUUCAGUUUGUCAACAAGGAAUUGAUGUCGCGGUGUGUUUUUCUGAGAAAUUCUGCAUUUCCCGUCUCGAAUGACUCGUACCGUGACAUAGCGCAAUUUCUCUUUCCAAAAGUGACGACAUUAUCACUCCGAAAAGAUAAAAUUGAUUUCUCGCGAUUUGCGAUUUUAAGUGCAAAGUUGUUUAUUAUGUUGGAGUCACUCAACGGGGACAUCGUGCUUAUUCUCGAGUUCUGUAGGUCUGCAACAGAAAAUGGGAAAUUUCCGAUGCACCAUUUUUUAAAAAAGAUACACGUUGAGGUGGGAAAUGAUGGAUUUCUAUUUCCACACUCUACAAUUCCCAUUUUUAAUGAAAUGAGUAAUUACCUUGACAUGUGUAAUAUUGAAAUUGUGCUCAUCUCGUUUUAUUCCGCUUUUUCAGAAAACACCAUCGAAAAACUCCAAAAGCUUGGUGUUAAAAGUUUCUAUAAAAUACUAACGAAACAACAAAUAAAAGACUGGGAGACAUCUUAUGUUUUGCCCUCACGGUUUGUUGCGAUAGAGGGAAGUUUUGAUAAUAACAAAUUUAAUAGUUUGAUUGAAAAGCGUUAUGCGGAGGUGUGUGUUGUGAACAUGGAGUACAACAGUGCGUUAAAAAGUGAAAUAGAAAGAAACCUUGGGAGGAUUAUAACAGAUGACAACCCAAAAACAGUCUGGUGGGAAAUACCAGAGUACGUGAAAGAGCUCUUUUUACUCAAAAUUAAUCCUGUAGUGGUAGAAAAGGCUGUCAACAUCAUCCCACAUUUUCCUGCCGACUGCCAAUACUUGAAGGUUAUCAAAGUCAUUUCGUCGAGAAAUGUUUGGAUAUCACAAUUUUUACCUAAUUUGGAAAAAGUGAAUGUGAUAGACUCCGAAAACGUUUCGUUGGGUACUAAUGACGAGAGCGACUCGUUUGGCCUCCCCAAUGUGAUUAAAAUACUUGUUGUAAGGUCACAACAUGUUAAUAUUGCUACGAAAAGCCUGAAAUUGCGAGAGGUGACAAUGGAAGGUUCUGAAAGAACAAAUUUCUUUGGUAAUUUUGGAAGUGUGAAAGAACUUGAUUUGGUCCGAGUCAACAACGCAAUUUUUCCAUAUUUCUCAUUUGAAAAGGUCAACACAAAUAUUCAGGCGUGCCAAGACUUGAUGUUUACAGAGAAUGGAAUCAAAAAAUCUCCACUUUUAUUUAUUAAUUUAAAUUAUGACGCUUUUGAUAAACUUGCGAAGAGCAGAAUGACUCUUCCAAAUGUGGUAAUAAACAGAGUUGUCAAUAUGGACUACCUCAAGAGUUUGCAAAGUGUAUUUCAGAUGCAGCGAUUCUUUUUAAAUGGAGAAAGGCUGUCGAAGAACGGCGACACACUGACAAUGUACGAUAAUGGCGAAAGAAACGAUGAAAUUGACAUUUUAGUAUCAACAGGAUUUUAUAUGAAUGGAGAGACUGAGAAAGAGGUGGUGAUCA